AUGCACGGUUACUUCAAAGUUGAUCCCGAUUUGGGGGAGAUCUCGGUGGGCCCGCAUUUGGAUGGUCUCGGCAACGGCAAUCAUACCUUCACCAUUUCUGCUACGAACGGAUUGCGCACGGCCCAAACCGUCGUGACAGUGCGUACAGACUCGAGGAGGAGCAGAACUGAUGGUGUUCCACGAUUUGAGAGAAAUCGCUACGUCUUCACCAUCGCAGAAAAUGCGCCACCAUCUGUUGUUGGUGUGGUUCGAGCUUACCAUGUUGCCUUGUCAACUAACGACGUCUCACUGCAAUACGAACUUCUUCCUGGUUCUUUCGGUGCCUCUUCGCUUCCGUUCCGGGUUCAUAAAAUCUCCAUACGUGCAUGCCUUUCCGUGAACCCGGGCAAUUGUGGCUACACUUCUGUCGUGGUGAUUGUGACCGAUGUGAACGACAAUGCUCCUCGGUUUUCGGCUUCCCAAUUCCACAUUUCUCUGCCCAGCGAUCUUCCACCUGGUUCCGAUGUCAUCACCCUCCAGGCUACAGACGCUGAUUCAGGCAUGAAUGGCGAUGUCAACUACGCUAUCAAUCCACCUAGUGCAGUGUUCGGUAUCGACUACCAUACAGGCGUGGUGCAAACGGUUACAGCGCUCACCGAGUCUCAUUAUGACCUCAACAUUGAAGCUUUUGACCAUGGAGAUCCGAAACAGACGUCUGUCGCAAAGCUGACCAUUGCCGUUCAGGGCACGAAUCCGUCCGCGCCAGUUUUCGACCAGAAACACUACGAUAUUACACUAAAUGCACCCAUACGCGCCGGAGCAGUAGUGGCUGAGCUUCAUGCAAAGGACCCAGAUCCAGGCCUGGAAGGGCAAAUCACCUAUCGAUUGGACUACACUGCGGACCAGCUGACGCAAGACCGUAAAUUCUCGAUUAACGAACAGACAGGAGUGGUUUCUGCGCUGACACCUCUUACACCACUUGAUGGACCGUUUGAUUUGGUAGUGAUUGCUGAGGACCAGAGUACGGUAUUCAAGAGGAAGACUUCUGCCGUGCUGCACAUUGAGGUCGUUGGCGACGCUUCUUUACGCUUCCUUCCACUGCCGUCUACCAUCUACAUCUCUACGGAAAAGGCAGUCGGAAGUGUUGUACUGAGGGCGUCCGCAUUUACCAGCUCGGCUUUGCCCGUUCACUUCCGAAUUCUUGAGAACGAAUCGCAAUUUGUCAUGGACGGUGAUCUACUGCGAGUGGCAAACCAUCUUUCUCCUGGUGAGACUCAUCUGACAAUUCGGGCCGAGUCAGACAACGCCUAUUCGGAUCCAUCAGUUACGGGUGGUGGUGAUAUUCCAAUCGAUUCCCAGUUCCCAGUGAUUUUACAUCGCUUCGAUGCUCGCCUUCUUAACGGAACACUUCGUUAUCGGUUCUUCCCAGAUGGCACCGCUCCCGAAGGACUGCACAUCGAUACGAACACGGGAGAGCUGAGCGCAACUGCUGCCUACGCGCGGACACCGUCCAAUCACGAGACUCAGUUUAUUGUUGUUCGAGCCGUGAAUCUCGACUACCCUGAUUUCUACUCAGAUGUUGGGGUUGCGAUCAGUCUGGUAUCCAGCAGAACAGUCCAUUUCCCACAGUCCAUAUAUCGACUGCAGAUUAAUGAGAAUGUGCCUAUCGGAACGACAAUCUUCCCUCCAAUUGAGGUUUUCCCGAAGUCAUCCUUGGUAACGUACUCGAUCAACCCUGACACUCCGCUAAGUAUACUUCCAAACGGCACGCUUGUUGUGAAUGCGCCCGUCGACUUGGAACAGCUUCCAGUAGAUCAAGCCGAUAGCCUUUACUUCGUGGUGACAGCAAGUGUGGGAGAAGCUCAAGCAUCCACCAAGGUACAGCUGAAGGUCAAAGAUGUGAAUGAGUUUCCACCACGAUUCGAGCGUAAAACGUACGAAGUGUCGCUUUCUGAGAGCUCGACACCUGGCAGUACCAUUGUAAAAGUCGAAGCCACUGAUGCGGAUAAGACCGAGGGUGCACAUCUUCUCUACAAAGUUGUGGGAGGUAUGCGGCUUUAG